AUGCGUUCCCAUCUCCACAUCGCAGCCACAACACCGGCUCGCCGCACAUGUUCGUCAUCGCCGACGUAUAGGAGCCUCGCCGGCACAUCGCCGCCUUGCCAAUUGGAGAAGCACCCUCGGGAGAUGAUUCUUCGGAGGGAGUUCGCCAUGGCAGUGGCGUAUCUCAACCGCGUGCUGUCACGCCGCUCCGCGCUCACCUACAUCCACUGGGACUUCUCCCGAUACGCCAAGAGGUGA